CACCUGUAUAUGUAUUCUAAUUUCUAAGCAUACCUACUUGUUCAUAUUAUUAUCUCGGCGAAAGUUUGUGCGGCUGGAUGUUUGUUACUAGAAUAACACAUAAUUUAUACAAAUACUUUAAUAUCGUCCGCGGGUGAAACCGCGCGGCACAUCUAGUAUUAUAAAAGGAGCGUCUAAGGUAAUCGACGUAUCGUCGGUAUAGUUUUCAUCCAAUUAUUGUAUACCUACUGAAUGAAAAAACAAUAGUAGUUUUAUAUAUUCUCAUUGCAUUAUUUUUUUUAGUGUUACCUAUGUGAACUUUUAAACAAGAAUUUUUUUGAUACUUCGCAAAAUGAAGUUAUAUGUAAUGGAAGACCGAAGAUACACGCAAUAUGCUGUUACAAGCGCUCUGGCAUUAGUUACUACUACAUCGGGUUUAGCAUCAGGGUGGUUUACUCCAAUGAUGUCACCGCUUGUUAUAAAACAUCGGACAUCUAUCGACGUGGAUGGUCUUGACACAUGGUUGUGGUGGAUAUCAUUUCUACCAUCACCUGGAUAUAUGUUUGGGAGUUUGCUAACACUUUUUGUUUGUGAUCGCUUUGGCAGGCGACCGACUGUGUUAUUCAGUGCUCUAUUUUUUCUUAUUGCAAUGAUAUUUUCUGCAGCAGCGAAUAAAGCUUGGAUGCUGUGUUUUGCGGUGUUUCUUUGGGGCAUCGGUUCGGGUAUAGUAUCCGUUGUAAUAAUAGUGUAUGUGUCAGAAAUAGCAGAUCAAGGUAUUAGAGGCAGGCUCAUUGGUGUGACCAGUUUUAUGGGCUAUAUCGGGAGCCUGUUCAUCGUCGGUAUUGGUUCUCUGGUAUCUUACAAGGCCUUUAAUUACUGGCUCCCACUUAUGCCAGUACUAUAUUUUGCAGCUUGCUAUUCUAUCCCUGAGUCUCCGUAUUAUCUUAUAAGGAAAGAUAAAAUUGAGGAAGCGAGGGAUGCGUUGAUGAGAUUACGUGGUGACUGUUCUGAUGUAGGACAAGAGCUUGAAAGAAUGAUAUCUCACGUUAAAAAGGAAAUGCAACAUUCAACGUCGAUUUUCGAACUCUUCAGAAGAAUAAUUUACGUUAAAGCUAUUGUAAUUGUUUUUGGUUUUAAAUUACUUCAGCAAAUAUCAGGAACGGUAUCAUAUUACCAUUUUUACUCUCGAAUACUUGGCGAGAGUACGUUUUCUAUUUCAAUGGAAAACUUGAUAAUUAUAGUUUUGGGUGUUCAGGCUGUUGCGGGUAUCCUUGCAGCAAUUCUAGUCGAUUCGCUGGGACGGCGACGUCUGCUCAUUUGUUCGUUCAUUGGUGCAAGUAUUAGUAUCGCAAUCACUGCAGCAUACUUCUUCAUUCGUGACACAAUCCCCGUCAGCCAGAUUCUUAAAAGCAUCGCUGAUGGGCCGUUAUUUUCGAUUCUUCUAUUCGUCUUUUUCGCUGAAGUCGGUUUAAAUUCGAUUGAGGUAGUGUUAAAGGCUGAAAUGUUCCCUAUAAAUGUGAGAAUUACUGCCAUAGUCGCGUCAAACCUUUUUGGAUCUAUUAGUAUUCCUAUUAACCAAUUGUAUUACAUUGCCGAAUAUGCUAUAGGCAUUGCUGGUUGUAUGGGCGUGUAUGCUUUGGUAGCCUUAAUUGGCGUGAUUUUUACAUAUUUUAUGCUCCCCGAAACUAAUGGUAAGAGUUUGAGCGAAAUUCAAGAUUUACUCCAGGGUAAAAAGAAUAAAAAUCAAGAAAUUACGAAUAUAGAUGGAAUAAUAGAAAUUUGAUUGUUAUACGUAUUCAUAAAGUAUUCAUAUACUACAUUAAGUCUAGAUAGUUAUUAAUCAAAUUUAAUUAUUAUAACAGAUGACUGCAAAUAUAUUUGUAUUGAAAAUUAAAAUAAAUAUAUGAAUUCCAUUUUA